UGCACGUGCACGGUAAGGCAGGCAGAAGAGCUCUCCUAACUUCCGGUUCGUUGACUUGGAAGUUGGAACUUUUAGUGGCUUUUCCCCGCAGUGGAGCGAGGAGACUGUCCACGUUUUCGUCGACAAAACCGAGGGAAGGUUAAAAAAGAAAAGACACGGCGGACUGGAUGUAACUUUUCCUGGGUCUUGACUGAGCACCGACGCCACAAUGCUCAAGCUAGCUGACAAUAUCGACCUGGGCUUCCUCUCUGACAGCGAGCGGGAGGCCAUCUUGGAGGUGCUGCGACGAGAUGAAGACUUGAGGAAAGCUGAGGAGCAGCGUGUUCUGAAGCUUAAGGCCGAGUUGCUGGGAAUCAAGCGGAAAGGGGCCAAACGUGGAAGCGGGAGAUACAGUCAGAGGAGUUGUGGCCGAUGCCAAACGCCUUUGAGUCCGCUGGCCUUGAACAGCAUCCAGUGCAGGCAGUGCCAUCACCUUGUAUGCAGCCAGUGCAGAACCAACGUCCCCAGAGGGGAAUGGCUAUGCAACGUGUGCGCCAAAGAGUCGGACCUAAGGAAGAGUACAGGCGACUGGUUCUACAACCUGAGGGUCAACCGGUUCUUCACAUUGCCCGCACACGAGUUGGUGAGACGCAGCCUCAGAAAGAAGCCAGUGUCAAAGAAGUAUGAGACAAUUGGAGACGUCCUGCUGAAAAAUGAAGAUUUGAGCCAAGCUGCGUCGACGCUACCAAGUGAAGAUUUAAGCGCCUACCACUCGAAUGCAGCUGAGAUAGGCUCCAGCGACCCCCCGCGACCCCAAAAGGGACAAGCGGUAGAAAAUGGAUGGAUGGAUGCAUCAACGCUACCAAGUGAAGAUUUGAGCCGAACUGCGUCGACGCUACCAAGUGAAGAUUUAAGCCGAGCUGCGUCGACGCUACCAAGUGAAGAUUUAAGCCGGGCUGCGCCGACGCUACCAAGUGAAGAUUUAAGCCGAGCUGCGUCGACGCUACCAAGUGAAGAUUUAAGCCGAGCUGCGCCGACGCUACCAAGUGAAGAUUUAAGCCGAGCUGCGUCGACGCUACCAAGUGAAGAUUUAAGCCGAGCUGCGCCGACGCUACCAAGUGAAGAUUUAAGCCGAGCUUCGUCGACGCUACCAAGUGAAGAUUUGAGCCGAGCUGCAUCGGUUCCUGUUCCCGCCCGUAACCCCACUUUGGUUGCACCCGCUCCCACUCCUGCCCUCAUCCCAAUCCCCAUCCCUAGACAGAGAAUCCAAACCACUAGCAAACGUCCUCCCAGUAAGAAUUCAGGCUCCAUGAAGUCUUUUGAAAUAGAAGUGGAUGAAGACACGUCAAAGCCGCCGCACAGUGACACAGAGUCUGCAGAAAAAGGCAGCCUGGGCAGCAGCAGAACUGGCACAGAGUCCAGACGAGUCACCCCUGACCUGCCCAGUAGACAGACCACCCCACGUACAUCCAGCCCAGCAGGAUCCAGUGUUUCCAGUCUGACACUCCAAGUCAUUCCAGACGCUGUCAGCAUUCACAGCUCCAGUUCCGAAGCCAACAUUGUCCCAGAAAUAAGGCAAGCCAGUCCAAGCCUAGAGUUUGAUGUCGACAAACUCUUUAAGAAGAGCGUCAAAAACCUUCCACAAUCUCACAACAUUCCAGAACGUUUCAUAUCAGAGCCAGAUGUUUGCGACCAGCCUGACUCGGGUGCGGUCCAAGAGGACAUCAAGAGCCAUUCUGUACACGGUGUAGAGAUGCAAGUGCCAGAAAUAAAGCCGGUCUCUCCGAGCCCUGCGUUCGAUGUCGAGCAAAUCUUCAAAAGGAGCGUCAGACGCGUUCAGAAUCCUCCCGGACACCUAUCCACGCUGGAUCUCCGUGGCAGACAAGACACAUUGGAGGUACCGUUUGGAAACCGGAGUCGUUCUGUACCAGCUUUAGACAUGCACGAAGAUGAAGACGAAGAUAUUGACAGCUUGGUUAACUUCCACAGAAGCACAAUGGUUUCCAGUUCUGAAAGCUCAAAGAGCACACACGGCAGCCUGAUGAGCAUCUACAGUGAGUCAGGAGACCAUGACAGCGUGGAGGUGAGCGGCGAGGUGGUCUUCUCUAUGACCUAUGACCAGUCCAGCCAGAGCCUCCAGGUCUUCAUUAAGGAGUGCCGUGGGCUGGCCUGUGGUGAUCCCAUACGGCAGCUAUCCAAUCCUUACGUCAAAUGUUACCUCCUCCCUGACAAAUCCCGUAUGAGCAAAAGGAAGAGCACCAUCAAGAGACACACCUGUGACCCCGUCUACAAUGAAACAUUCAAGUACUCCAUUGGCCGCUCUCAGCUGUUCACUCGGUCCUUGCUGCUCUCGGUGUGGCACCACGGCCGCCUGAGCCGCAACCCUUUCCUGGGGGAGGUGGAGAUGGCUCUGGACUGCUACGACCUGGACUCCCCGCAGGAGGAACGCAUGGCGCUCAUGACCGGGGUGGUGCCGAGCGAGUCUUACUACCUGUCCCAUGACGUGGAGAGACACAACAGCCAUUUUCACACAAUGGCUCCCUGCUCUGUACCAGCCUCCGCCUUUAGCCAAUUCAAAGGAGAGCUGGUGAUUUCCUUAAAGUAUGUCACACCUAAAGCGCCAGUCAGGGAGAAAAUGAAAGGCAAGAAGACGGUGGCUGUGGAAGGCGGCGAGCUGCAUAUCCUAAUUAAAGAGGCAAGGAACCUGAUGGCCAUGAAAGGAGGCGGCGGCACAUCAGAUAGCUUUGUAAAAGGGUACUUGUUCCCUUCUAAGUCAAAGACCACCAAGAGAAAGACACCAGUGGUGAAGAGGAACCUGAACCCCCACUACGGCCACACCUUUGUGUAUAAGGACCUGGCGCUGGAGCAGCUGAAGACCAUGUGUCUGGAACUGACCGUGUGGGACCGAGAGCCCAUGCUGAGCAAUGAGUUCCUUGGAGGAGUACGCCUCAGCUCUGGCAAAGGCACUGUCAAAAUUGGCAGCAACGAGGUGGACAUGGAUUCGCUUGGGGAAGAAGUCAGUCUGUGGCAGAAAAUGAUGCAGUACCCCGACUCCUGGGCAGAGGGCAGUCUUCCCUUGCGUACCACCAUGAGACAGAAGAAGGGCAAAUAAGGACGCCCCUCGUCUGGAUGGAAAGGCUGGUCAAAGUCAGAAACAAUUAGAUUUGAUUUAGGAUCAGAAAGUGAUCCCCGUGCCAUGACGGUACUCACAGGAGACACUUCUUCCUGAUCAAAUGUACCAAUGAAUACUCAACUCACGAUUUAUUUUGGGAUGCUGCCACUUUUUCAUUUCUGCAGAAAUUCCUUGUCCAGGGUGUACCCCGCUACCUUGUCCAGGGUCUACCCCGCCUUCCUUGACCCUGCUACCUUGUCCAGGGUCUACCCCGCCUUCCUGGUACAGGGUCUACCCCGCCUUCCUUGACUCCACUUUCCUUGUCCAGGGUCUACCCUUCCUUCCUUGUCCAGGGUCUACCCCGCCUUCCUUGUCCAGGGUCUAUCCCGCCUUCCUUGUCCAGGGUGUACCCUUCCUUCCUUGUCCAGGGUCUACACCGCCUUCCUUGUCCAGGGUGUACCCCGCCUUCCUUGUCCAGGGUCUACCCCGCCUUCCUUGUCCAGGGUGUAGCCCGCCUUCCUUGUCCAGGGUCUACACCGCCUUCCUUGUCCAGGGUCUACCCCGCCUUCCUUGUCCAGGGUGUACCCUUCCUUCCUUGUCCAGGGUCUACACCACCUUCCUUGUCCAGGGUGUACCCCGCCUUCCUUGUCCAGGGUCUACCCCGCCUUCCUUGUCCAGGGUCUACCCCGCCUUCCUUGUCCAGGGUCUACCCCGCCUUCCUUGUCCAGGGUGUAGCCCGCCUUCCUUGUCCAGGGUCUACACCGCCUUCCUUGUCCAGGGUCUACCCCGCCUUCCUUGUCCAGGGUCUACCCCGCCUUCCUUGUCCAGGGUGUAGCCCGCCUUCCUUGUCCAGGGUCUACACCGCCUUCCUUGUCCAGGGUCUACCCCGCCUUCCUUGUCCAGGGUCUACCCCGCCUUCCUUGUCCAGGGUGUAGCCCGCCU